AAAAUAUGGCAGCAUCCAAACUAGAGGAAGGCGUCGAUCCGAAGAAGGAACGCAUAAACAAACUAGAAGUUGAAGCUCUUACGAAUAUGUUGUUUCUGCGCAAAAACACGCAAAUGUUUUCACCUUAUCAACGAUUUGAAAAAAAGUCUACGGCUAGUCGAGAGUUCUGCGAGGCACAUUUGGUGGGUACUAUCGACGAAGGACCGCCGUCUGCAACGGUGUCGUGGAGGAUCAUGGGAAUGAGAAUGAAGCGUUCGGAGGGUGUCACUACAGAUUACGAUGUUCACAGAAUGUAUUCGGAUUGUAUGAUUGAAGGUGAUCGCAUUCGUGAGAGACUUCCUAUGGAGCGAAGGGAAGGAAUUUUGCGUUUGUGUCGUUACGACUCGGAAAGUGAUUUCAAAAUUUUCAAGCAUGAAUACUACAUUAUGAAGAUGCUUGCAAAGACCUACACCACACGCGCACAUCGAGUCCAUUUUCCUGCAAUUAUUGGCGAAGGUUCUCUAGCAGAGCUACGAUAUUUGAACGUAAGCGACAGCGACGGCAAACAUCACGAUAUGGUUGAAACUCCUAAAGUACCACGUCCUUACUUUAUCAUGGAAUAUAUUGAACCUUCGAUAGAGACGCUCUUUAAAUCGAACAAGAACACAUUCUUGCCCAUACAUACAUCAGUCUAUGUUACUAUCGGAUGCAUUAAAGCGCUAAGACUACUGCACUUAAAAGGAUUUGCACAUCGAAAUGUACAGCCAGCGUAUUUCUCACUUCGUCUACCAUGUGGAGGACUUCUUAGCAGAAAGGAAAGCGAACUCAGCGACCUCAUUGCCAUUACCGAUUUCUCAACGUGCAGAAGGUUUCGUGCCAACUUUUCUAAGCGUAAUCCGCUUAUAUAUAUUGGUAAUUGGAAAUAUGGGAGUGCCGACACAAUGUCCGGAAAAGAUCCGACUGCUAUCGAUGAUAUCAUUUCCUGCUUAUACAUGCUGGCCGAGUUUGUUUUGGGAUGCAUACCAUGGGCUAAGGAAACGAGUAAACAGGGCAUAAUAGAUUACAAGAGACAAGUGGAGCAGUGGGAGCGCGUUUUGGAUGAAACUCAUUCUACACUUUUAGUGAAGUAUGGCAAGCUCUACGAAUGGCUUCGCGAUCAGCCUCCAUUGCAAACAAUUGACUAUGAAGCAUUUUAUGAACUAUUGCUCAAGACUCCAGGAGGGAUAAGUGGCGACCAGUCGCUCUUCGGUUUUUCAAACCCUCUCCUUGAUGUUUAUGAGCAUGGAUUUGCUGCAAAAGGAAGAGAAGGAAAAAGAAGAGGAAAAGUCGAAAGCAGUUCAACCUUAUUAUCGAAAGAUACGUCGAAAGAAAAACUCAAAGCCAGCAGCGUGACUACACAACGUGCAACUGAGUCUAGAUCCCGUGAGAAAACUCCUGCACAGGAAAAAGGAGACUCAAAGGAAAAGGAAAGCUCCUCAGAUGAAAAGGCGUUAGAUAAGAAACCACGAUCUGAACAGAAAUCCGAAUCGAAAACAAAGGAAGCCGCGGGCACUCCAAGAGCGAAAGCGGGGAAGAAGAACAAAAAGAAGAAGAAGAAAACUGAAAGCUCUCAAGCUAGUAGCGUGGCGAACUCGUAAUUUUCUAGAAGUGAGCGUGCAACAAAUUUUAUAACAUACAUUUCAGAACCAAAUAACAUUGUUGUAG